UCACCGACCCAGUUCCUAAAAACGAAAACGACAAUAAAGUGAAAGUAAAAUGACACAUAUUUUUGAGACAAAGCAGUAGAAAAAAGAUCUGACAUCUAUUUAUUUUAUGAAAAAGUGUCUUAAAAUGUAAAACUACUUGCAAUUUCUAUUAAAACGUGUUGUUAAUUGCAUUGGUUGAACUAUGGACGAUGAGGAGAAACCGAUUUUAGUAGGAUAUUUAACAAUCAAAUCGCAAAAUGGGUUCUCCAUACGCAUCUCCAAAAAGCUAAAAUAUUGCCAGCUUUUCAAGGCAAGCCGUAAUGGUAUAGAACGACUAGAAAUCAGCGACGGCGAAAAUGACAAGAACAUUAGAAUUGUUACACUCGAAAAUUGUGUGAAAAUAGUUCUGGAGCAACCACCUUCGAAUAUCAUCAAUAUUAUCACCAAAACCGGCCAAAUUCAGUUACAUUCCUGUAAUGAUGCAAUGGCAAAGCAGUGGAAGGUAGCACUGCAGUCGAUUGCUUUUAAAGAUAAACAGUCUUCAAGCAGUGUUCUGUCAUGUAAUGCUGUAAUUGAAGAAGAUAAUGAUUUGUACUGUUCUUCGUACAGUGAAGGCAUUUUUACGGUAACAUUAAUUCCUACGGAUGCAUCUAUGAAGUGUGGACUGGAACCUGAAAUGUAUACGCUGAUGUUAUCAGGAACGGAAAUUCAAUUGAAGUGUUACGAAGAUGAGUCGAUAAUCGUUGCCAAGUGGCCAUACAGAUACAUUAGGAAAUAUGGAUAUCGCGAUGGUAAAUUUACCUUUGAAGCUGGACGAAAGUGUGAUACUGGAGAGGGGACGUUUAAGCUUGACAAUGCAAAUCCACAGGAAAUUUUUCGAUGCAUGUCUACAAAGAUGAAAUCAAUGAAGAAGAACAUCAAUAGUGAUAGCUUCAAUAGUAGUAUUGAUAACAAUUUAAGUCUAGCAUUUUCAUCGCUAGAACCUGGAUCAAGAAGUCCCUUGCCACCAACGCCACAGAGUUCGUUUGUCGGCGUAGAAAGCCAUAAUCCGUUUCGCGCGGUGCUCACAUCACCAGAAAUAAAUAAUUCAUCAGGAAUCAUUAAAAAUUGUAUUCCUAAUAAACCCCCUCGUAAAGCCCUGACAUCAAUAGCAAGUCAUCAUAUGCCUGUUAAAGUUUCUUCAGAACAACGAAGUCAUGGAGUAAUUUCAAAUAUUUCAUCAGUAUUUAUCAAAAAUCAUAUCGGCAUUGACAACACAAAUGUGUUAUCCGAUGCCGUAAAUCAUUCUGUGCCAUUACCUUGCAAAGGUAACCGUGAUUAUGAAUGUGUAGAAGAUAUAACGGACGCCUGGAAAAAACUCGGUAUUGACGAUGUCAAUCAUAUUGAACACAUGCCUACAUCGGAAGAUGACGAAUUAACGGGGUUCAUAAAGGAAAGAUCUAAAGCAUCACGAGUUCCGAAAUCAAAUUAUCAUCACGAAAGCAGUGCUGCCGCUGGAGAACUUUUAUUAUCUUACACAAUUGAUGAAAGUUAUGAUACUUUAGACUUUUUUCGUACAACACAUAAAGUGAGUUCGGGUUACACAACUAUUGUACCAAUUAUCAACAACAAUAGGCAACAAAACCACCAAUCUUCAAAUUCAUCGGAAGAUUACGAAAUAAUUGGCGAGCCUUCUGCAAUUUCAACUAUUGCCCGUGACUACAACACUAGCAGCACGACCAUAGUGGAAAGUUGCGACAGUAAUGCGAAUCAAAAGUCUUUGGCGCCUCCUGAUAUGUCGGCCUGUAGGAAGGCUGAUGACAGCCAUCUUGGCUACGGAAUGAUUCGUAAAUCAAGUUUACAAAGUCAGAACUCUUCGUCUAGUGUUUGUUCCACUUCAUCCAAUCCGUUUAAAACUGAUGAACCUGACAAAAUUCAUCGACUGGAUUAUGCCACGGUAAGUAAACCCAAACGGGUUUAGACAUCCUGCCUUUUAAAUAAUGACAAUUAUUUUAUAGAACAAA